GAUGGGCUAUUCGGUCGGAAGAUGUACAUGUAGUAGAAUAGAGAGACGGUGCAAAUUUCGUACUUUUUGGGGUGCUUUAUCCGUUUUUGGCAAUUUCAGACGGAUCUUUCAUUUCAUGGCGGAUCGGCGGAUCUUUUGGAGUGGCAAGCCGAGAGAGAAGCCAUCGCUCGCUUUCCUGCUGCUGCUGCAUUGCUCCCAUUUGUUAGUUUGUCUGGUUAUUAUUGUCAGCAAAGAUGAAAGGAUUGACGGCAACAACAAACAGAAUCGCCAUCAUACCACGCCCUGUUAGGGUGGAAGAAAAGAGUGGCCACUUUACUAUAACGGAAUCCUCCUGCAUCUACGCAUCGGAAGGAGCUCUGGCCGAAGCCAAAUUCCUGGCGGAGGUGAUUCGACCAUCUUCUGGAUUGGAAAUUGCCGUCAAGACAUUGAGCCAAGAGUGUGAUUGCAAAGGCCAUAUUAGCCUUGCUCUAAUCAGAACAACUGAUGAUGAUGAUGAUCCUAUGGAUGACGAAGCGUACACUCUGGAUGUUUCGGAAUGCAAUGUCAAGAUCAAAGCUGCCACAGCCAAGGGUCUCUUUUACGGUAUUCAAAGCCUCUUGCAGCUACUGCCGCCCAACAUAUUCCGCAAAGCCAUGGUGAAGGACGCUACCUGGACCAUUCCUUGUGUUGGCAUUGAAGAUACUCCACGUUUCAAAUGGCGUGGCAUGCACUUGGACAGCGGUCGCCAUUUCAUGCCCAAAGAAUUUGUAUUGAAGCUCAUCGACUUGAUGGCGUUUCACAAACUAAACUCAUUCCAUUGGCACCUCACGGAAGAUCAGGGAUGGAGGAUUGAAAUCAAAGCGUAUCCCAAACUCACCGAAAUCAGUGCCUGGCGGGACGAAACGCUGAUUGGCCACCAUCGCAACAAUCCACGAGUAUUUGACGGACGCCGCCAUGGCGGGUUCUAUAGCCAAGAUGAUAUCCGAGAGGUUGUGGCAUACGCCGCACGGCGUCACAUUACUGUGGUACCAGAAAUUGAAAUGCCCGGCCAUACCGUUGCCGUACUCGCCGCCUACCCAGAGCUUGGCUGCACCAAUGGUCCCUAUCAAGUGCGCACCAUGUGGCACUUUUCGGAAGACGUCUUUUGUGCCGGCAACGAAGCAACCUUUACGUUUCUGCAGAAUGUACUCACCGAAGUCAUGGAACUCUUCCCCAGCAAGUACAUUCAUAUUGGUGGGGAUGAAUGCCCCAAGGCACGCUGGAAGGAAUGCUCCAAAUGCCAGAAACGCAUCCAAAACGAGAAUCUAAAGGACGAACACGAGCUUCAGAGCUAUUUUAUCAAGAGAAUCGAGUCCUUCCUCAAUGAGAAUGGGCGCAGCUUGAUUGGGUGGGACGAAAUCUUGGAGGGUGGACUAGCACCCAAUGCUACCGUCAUGUCGUGGCGUGGGACGGAAGGUGGCAUCCAAGCCGCGAAUGAGGGGCACAGUGUCGUGUUUGCUCCGGCGAGCCAUACUUACUUGGACCAUUGCCAAACAGAUGACGUUUUUGCAGAACCACUCGCCAUUGGUGGUAAUCUACCCCUGGAAAAAGUCUACAGUUAUGAGCCCAUGCCGGAAGAAUUAUUGACUGCCGGCAAAGGCCAUCAUGUCCUUGGCGCUCAGGGGCAGCUGUGGUCCGAGUAUUUUCCAAACCCCAAACAUGUAGAAUACAUGGCGUUCCCACGCUUGACAGCCCUCUCGGAGGUAGUCUGGAGCCCCAGGGAAGGCAAGAGCUUUGAGAAUUUUCUUGGCCGUCUAGAUUCUCAUCUGAAGCGCUUGGAUGUCCUCGACGUGAAUUAUCGCAGACUCGACCAUAAAUUGUAGUGCAUUGCACCAUUACUUUGUAACUUGUGAUUUGAAGCAGGAAAUAGGAGAGCAGACACACAUUCAGAUUCCAAAGGGCUUCGGCAG